UUUGUUGUUGCGUCGUUCGUCUCGGGCGAAGUUGGAUUUGAUGACAAAAUUUUGAAUAGAUUAGUAAAUAAGUUCAAUUUAAGUGUAGUUUUGUUAAUAUAUAUAUAUGUUUAAAAUAAAUAUCUCAUCUAAAACUAUAACCUAUAAUAAUAGUAUUUUAUAAUUGUAAUUAAAAUAAUAAAUAACGCAGUCGAUAAUUCCAUACAAAAUUAUUUAAUAAGCUUUGCGUGAGAGCGAAACAGUGUGCAAAGAAAGUAAUUUCAAUAAUUUAUUUCUGUCAGCGAAAUGUGUAAAUCAAAAAUAUAUUUUUAAAAAUAAAUUCUUCUGUCAAAACAAAAUUUUUAACAAUAAUUAAUUGCUUUAAAAUAUAUAAAAAACAAAAUAUUUAUAUUUGCAUUAUAUAAACUCAUAAAAUGUCGGCUGAAGAAUGCGAGCUGGACCCGCGAAUUCAGGUAGAACUUGAGAAUCUUAACAGCGCAACAGACCUUAUCAAUAAGUUGGAAAUUGAGCUAGAGGAGGCAAAUUCAACAUUUCGAAUACUCUUAAAUGAAUCUACACGUCGUCUUAAGUUAUCAUCUAAAAAGCUUGGAAAUUGUAUAGAAAAAGCUAGACCCUACUAUGAGUCCGUUGAAAAAGCACGUGAAGCACAAAUUGAAUGCCAAAAAGCGGCGGUAAAAUUUCAACGAGCCAAUGAAAUACACACAGCAGCAAAAGAAACUGUAGCCUUAGCAGAACAGCGUUUUAUGUCCAACUCCCAUGAAUGGCCAUUCGACAACGCUUGGCAGGAAAUGCUUAAUCAUGCUACUCAAAAAGUUUUUGAUACUGAAAAACAAAAAGCUGAUCGCCAUCUAGAACACCAAGAGCAAACAAAAAUAUUUCACGCUGCUGAACAAAAGGUACAACAACUAGAAGAACGAUUUCGUCGCAGCAUUAACAAAGCUCGUCCAUAUUUUGAAGAAAAACAAAUCUGUCAAGAUCAAUUACAAACACAAAAGAACCGCAUACAGGAGUUGCAAGCCCAGGUGCAAACGGCUAAAACUACGUAUGCAACAGCUUUGCGUAAUCUUGAACGCAUUAGUGAUGACAUACACCGUCAGCGUGGCGAUUUCUCAGAUAUGAAUGCACCACCACCAGGACCACGUGAACCCGGUGUUGGUGCUGAAUUAAAUUCGCCAACAUUAACUACAUUACCGCCUUUGCCAGACUUUAAACGUGAAUUAGAAAAAUGUGACUAUCCUUCUAUUGCAAGCAGCCAAGUUUCGCUUGGAAAUUUCUCGCAUCGUUCAAGUGAUUUAGAUAAUAAUGCAAUGAAUUCUUUCGCUACUAUGGACGAUUCUGAAGGAGAGGAAAACGAAGCUGAUUAUAUAGAUAGCAAUGAUUUAAUGGAAGUUGUUGACGAAAGUGAUCUCGAAGCGUUGCGUCAAAAGGUCAAAAUCCUUGCUGUACGUCCAAUAGAAGGUGGCGAUGGACAACAAGAGCAAAAUGAUAUGUGGGAACACGAAUUAAAUGCUACAGUUAAUAAAUUGGAUCAUUUAAUGUUGUUGAAAGAAUGUGCAAACAAUCAACAACAUAUACAAAAACAACAACAAAAUAUAAGACCCGAUUCUUUAGGAGCUGAAUCAAUAAAGCCCACUAAUCAAAAUAAAGGACCAUUAAUCAAAAUUACUUCCAGCACAAAUGCAACAAGUAUGCCGGUUACUCCUGAGCAUAGUGUGCAACCUUUGAAAAAACUAAAUAAACUAGAACCUCUGCCAUCGGUUAAUGUAUCAAUGCGUGAGCUGCCUUUAUUAGCACGACUGUCAACAGAAGUAUUGGAUCGUACGGUCAUAUCCAGCACACAACGAAGGCGUUCAUUAGAUUAAUGUAAAUAAUAUUUAUUAUAUUUGUAAAAUUUUACUAGAAUUAUUAAAAUUUAAAAUUAUUCUUAAAGAGCAUUACAGUUAAAGAGAUUGAUAAGAAUAUAAUAUUCAGUUUAAAAAUGAAAAAGAGUAAAUAUAAA